AUGUCUUACCAAAAUCCGGCAACCUUUUCUCCAUACACAUUACCUCCGGACGAACAAAAAGCAAAGACGAACCGAAAUUCGACUCGUUACACACCUGUUCCUAGCGCUAGCACCACGGCGUCAUCUUCAGCAAAUCCCUUCGCUGGGGUCUAUCGGACAACAGAGCAGUUACCUGACGGUCAAAUAAGAGUUAAUAAAUAUGAGACCAGUUUAUCUAUAAGAGUUGACAUCGAAGCGGCCAUGACUUAUUGCCUAGGCUGCAUCACUGGGGUCUUGUUUUUAAUAGUUGAACAGAAGAACGAUUAUGUGCGAUUUCAUGCAUGGCAG